AGCCGGAGCAGCAGCAGCAGCAGUUACUCCGUUCGUUUGCGUUCGGCGAUGUUAUUUGAAAAUCCGUGCUCCGAACGGAAAAAUUGUUCGUACUGGUAUGUGUACAGUUUUUGGCCGUUUUUCCGUUGAUUUAACGACGUCUACUUCCAUGGUCAUUCAUCGAGCACUGCAGGUUGUUAAAUCUGUAGCAGCCUUUGGUUUCAUGGAUUUGUCGUUAGACAGCAGUGAAUAUUGCCAGGCACAACACAAUACAUUGGAUGUGAAUGCAUAUUAAAUUGUUUUAUUUAAUUAUUAUGCUUGCUCGUUGAAUGCGCAUUGAUCCUAAUCUAUCCUUAUUGUUGAAUUGUUUAAAUUGAUAAUUUAGUAUAAUUUGUUGGUUGCAAGAACAAAAACUCCUGUUAUUUAAUGGAUUAAGGACGACUCUUGUUUUGUCUUCAGUUAAGAUACAGGCAUAUUAUAAGAGUAGUCCAUACUUCCUUUAUUUUAAUUUUAUUUUCCUGUUAUAUAUCAUAAAUUAGCUCAAUGAGCAGCGAAACCAUAAUGCGUCAAAAAGACAUAAGACCACCGCCUUGUGAGAUAGAUUAUAAAGGAAUGCGUUUUCUUAUCACUGACAGACCUAAUGAUCAGAUAAUUCACAACUAUAUAGCUGAAUUAAAAAGGCAUAAUGUUAAACACGUUGUACGAGUUUGUGAACCAACAUACAAAGUAGAUGAAUUGAAAGCAGAAGGUAUAAUGGUCACAGAUUUGGCAUACGAUGAUGGCACAUCCCCUGCAAAUGAGUUGAUCGAAGAAUGGUUUGAAUUACUACGUAAUCAGUUUCGCAAAGAAGAAGGAAGUUGUGUUGCAGUGCAUUGUGUUGCAGGUUUAGGUCGUGCACCAGUUUUAGUGGCUCUGGCAUUAAUUGAACUUGGGCUUAAAUAUGAAGAUGCUGUUCAAUUAAUUAGAGAGAAAAGAAGAGGCGCUAUAAAUUCUAAACAAUUGGCAUUUCUAGAAAAGUACCGUCCUAAAUCUAAACUGAAGAUGAAGAAUGGACACAAGAGCAAUUGCAGUAUCCAGUAAACACAUACACAUAUUUUGGUUAUACCAAACAUAAUAAUAAGUUUUAACCAUUUUAAGCAUAGCACCAACAUAAUAUUCACAAAAAACACUUAGAAAAACCUAAAAACACUAACAAAAAAAUAUGUAUUGCUAUUGUGAUAAAAGAUCUGAUAACUUUUUGUCUAGUGUAGUGCAAAAAAUUAAUUAGUGUUUAAAAUAAGAUUUAAUCAAAUUGUUAAACGAGAAUAUAUUUUAUUUGCUUUUCUCAAUUUUUUUUCAGUGAUUGCUUUUCAUCCUAUUUAAUUGGACGUUUAGUAAUACACCAUUAGUGUAAUAAUAAUCAAUUAUUUUGUAAUAUAAUAAAACCAAUACUGUCAAA